AACAACAGGACGCUUUUAUUAAUUAGGUCAGCUUUUACAUUGUAUUAACAUUUAGGUCCACAGAACAUUAGUUUAACGUCAACAAAGUACUUCAAUCAUUUAUAAACGUCUCUUUCACUAAUUUAAAAAAUAUUAUUUAUUUAUUUAAUUAAAUAAAAUGCCGCCGAAGAAAAAGGGAAAAGGAAAGAAAGGCAAAAAGGGGAAAGGUUCUGCAACACCUCCAAAUGAAAAACCCAAAACUCCAGAACCUACGGAAAAGGAAAUUUUAUUGCAGGAAGAGUUGGAAAAAGUGUCAUCUGAUUUGGACAAUGCCAAGAAAAGAGUUGAGGAUCUUCGAAUGGAAAAUGAUUGGUUGCAACAAGAAGCACAAAAAGUUAGAGUUGAAAGCCAUGAAUAUAUGAGUUAUAUAGAAAAAAAAACAAGUAAACGCCAAACAACUAUAAUAACAUUAAGUGAUCAUAACAAACAACAAAUAAAAAAUAUUAAACUUGAAAAACAGUUAAUGGAAGAGGAAUAUGAUGAAAAGAAAAAAGCUUUAGAGGGCAUGCUUUUAGAAAAACAACAUUUAUCAGAGAAAACAACACAAGAACUAACAGAUCUUCAAGAAUAUAAGAAUCUCCAAACAGAACAGUUGAACAAAAUAAAAGAGUUAGAAAAGGAAGUGAUGCAAAUGAGGGUGAAACAUUCAGAAACAAUUCAAGAUUUAAAGGCAAAUUUUCUGGAGAAAAAAAGAAAUUAUGAGGAUGAUUCUACAAGCAGAAUUCAGACUUUAGAGAAAAAGGCAAAUAAAGAGGCAGUGCAAUGUCUAACAGACCACACAGACAACAUCAAAACUGAAAAUAGACGUUUAAGAAGAGAAUUAUUGAAAUUAAUCCAGAAAACAAGGGCUUUAAAUGAUCAUAAUAGUGAACUCGAAGAUCAGCGGAAAGAACUUCUCCGUGAACAACAAUAUGCGGAAGACUUGAAAUAUUUAAGACAUGCAAGACAAAAGAAUGCAUUUAAAAGUUGUGAUGCAGAUAGUGAAGCUGGAACCAUAUCCUGAACGUUGUUAUAUGUGAACUGCUUUGGAUUCUAAAUAUAUAUUAUAGAAUUAGAAUAUUAAAUUAUGUGAUUUUGUUAAUAUUAAGUAAUAUUCGUACAAGAGGCUGGCCUUGUAAAAUUGUUUUGUAUUAAAAUAUAAAUAUAUUUUACUCACAA